AUGAAGAACAAAACCGUGGAUCUUGAUCUUCUGCUGCUGGAGGGGUUAAAGGUCCGCCCCGAGUCCUCCAUCAUUGCCUUUGUCCUCCUCCUCCUCAUCUACGUCUUCAUCAUGGUGUCCAACGUGGGCCUGGUGGUUCUGAUCUCCAUGGAGAGGAGCCUCCAUGAGCCCAUGUACCUGCUCUUCUGCAACAUGAGCGUCAACGACGUGUUCGGUUCGUCAGUUGUCAUCCCCCGCCUGCUGGCCGAUGUUUUCCUUCCCAGCUCUCAGCGCUACAUCCGUUACACCAACUGUGCCGUCCAGGCCUUCUGCACCCACUUCCACGGAGCAACGUCGCACACAGUGCUCAUGAUCAUGGCCUUCGACCGCUACAACGCCAUCUGCAGGCCGCUGCGGUACGCCGCCAUCAUGACCAGGAGGACGGUGGUGCUGCUGUCGACGCUGGCGUAUGUCUCCUUCGUGAUGAUUUUGGUCAUGGUGAGCCUCAGCAUCCGGCUGUCACGCUGCAGACGCGUCGUCAACCACCCGUUCUGCGACAACCCUUCGCUCUUCAAACUGUCCUGUGAGAACAUCUUCAUCAACCACGUCUACGGACUCAUUACCGCCAUGGGGAUGAUGGCGUUGUCGCUGUGCGUCGUGGUGCUUAACUACCUGAGGAUCGCUGUGGUCUGUCUGAGCAGGAAGAACCAGGUGUUGAACCGCCGGGCGCUGCAGACCUGCGCCUCCCACCUGGCCGUCUACGUCAUCCUGCUGCUGUCGGGCUUCAUCAUCAUCAUCCUCCAUCGUUUCCCACAGCUGUCAGAAGAAAGAAAGCUGGCGUCCAUCUUGUUCCACGUGGUGCCUCCUGCUUUGAACGGCGUGAUCUACGGACUGCAGAUCAAAGCAGUCAGGGAAAAAAUUCUGAUCAUAUUCAACAGGAAGUAAUGACAGUUUUACAGAUGAAACGACCCUUUCACCAAGAAGGACCACACCACAGAUCUGAGGCCUGACGGUUUAUUGGCUGAAAAGGAUCAUCCUGUUGGUGAUGACUGAGAUGAUGUGGUGUGAGGGUCAGAGAUCAGCACCUUGGAAAAGGAGGCAGAAGCAUCAGGAGGGUGGAUGGGACACAAGAAGCAAGAACGAACAAGUGAGAAGGGAAGAGUAGUACGUAUAGACGUACGACAGGAAGUGGGGUGAUUGAGGUGUGAUGCCGCGCCUGAACCUCAGCUAAAAAAAUUACCUGUAUUUAAUGAACCUAAAUCAUGGUUAAAUCUGCUGGACAUCGUCUGGGCUGCAAAACAAGAAGAAACGAACAAGAAAAGAAAUGCAAAAAUGUAAUUAUGACUCUUAAUAUCACAAUAAUUAUGAUAAUAAAAUCCUUUGGAUUGCUAUUUAUGUUUGUUUUUUGUUAUAUUUAUUUAAUUUCC